CAGACCAAAGACUGAAGCGGAGUAGUCUAAGGGAUCUCCAACAUCUCUACCCCAACAGAAUGAAAUACGCUCAGUAUGUUUUCCUGGCCUCGGUCUUCUCCACUGUUGAACAUAGCCUGGCACAGACCUGUGCAGUGGAGUCUUUCUCUGUGAAAGACAAUUUUGAUCCAAAAAGGUAUGCAGGGAAGUGGUAUGCCCUUGCCAAGAAGGAUCCAGAAGGCCUCUUCCUUCAGGACAACAUCUCUGCUGAAUACACUGUGGAGGAAGAUGGGACAAUGACAGCAUCCUCCAAAGGCCGAGUGAAGCUUUUUGGGUUCUGGGUGAUCUGUGCUGACAUGGCUGCUCAGUACACAGUACCUGACCCAACCACUCCAGCAAAAAUGUACAUGACCUACCAGGGCCUGGCCAGCUACCUGUCCAGCGGUGGGGACAACUACUGGGUGAUUGACACUGACUAUGAUAACUAUGCCAUUACCUAUGCCUGCCGCAGUCUGAAGGAGGAUGGCUCCUGUGAUGAUGGCUACUCCCUCAUCUUCUCACGCAAUCCCCGUGGCCUCCCCCCAGCCAUUCAGCGCAUCGUGCGUCAGAAGCAGGAAGAAAUCUGCAUGUCUGGCCAGUUCCAGCCUGUGCUUCAGUCAGGAGCCUGCUAAAGGUACACUUCUGCUCCUACAUCUAAGCACAGAAGCCAGACCUCUUGGUCUUGAAGUUGCCACUCAGCUAAUAAAAAACAUAGUAUGGACUAGUGUGUUUUCCCUGAAAAACACAUGAAAAUGAUAGGAUUUUUGUAAACUGUGUGCAAUACAGUAUUGAUAUUUUAAUCUUCAAGGGGAUACCUAAUGUGGCAUUUGUCAAUAAAUGUUUUUAAAUAA